GCAUGCGCAGUGCCUUUAGGAAGCACGUAUCUAUGGGUAGCAUAACUCAACGGAAAACUGGUCCAAAAUGAAAUUUAAAAGGCAAAAGGAGAAGCUACAACUUGACUACAUCUGGAACAAUAUUACCACAGAACCUGUAGAGCGGAGAAAACCCAGUUAAGAAUAUCGUCUGGGUUUGUUGGACCACCUAAAGGCGCUCCAGAACACUCGCCGAGUCCACUGGGUGGAGCUGUUCAGCAGGACGGUGCUGCUUGGCCUGUUUUUGUGUGCACCACUCAGAGCAGCCACAGAGUCUGAGGAAGAUUCACCCACAGAGUGGACACUGUGGAAGAAAGCCAACGGAGUGUCGUAUGAAGAAGAGGCUGAUGACAUGGAAAGAAAAGCCAUCUGGGAGAACAAUAAAAGAGUGAUUGAGGAUAACAACAGAAAAUUCAGUAGGGGCCUUUCAAAAUUCACCAUGGCAAUGAACAAAUAUGGUGAUUUGGACAAAAUGGAGUAUAAGCAGUUACAGGGAGCUAACAUCAAUGCUAGGUUGAAACGGACAGGGAAGAUUGCCUCUGCAAAGAAGCUGCACUUCCAUGCUAAGAAAUUGAGGUCACUCAAAGUGGACUACAGGACAUUGGGAUACGUCACAGAGGUCAAAGAUCAGGGCUACUGUGGGUCAUGCUGGGCUUUCAGCACUACAGGUGCCAUCGAGGGACAAAUGUACAAGCAGUCAGGUCAGCUGGUGUCUCUUAGUGAGCAGCAUCUGGUAGACUGCUCCAGAUCUUAUGGAACGCACGGCUGCAGCGGCGCCUGGAUGGCGAACGCAUAUGACUACAUAAUCAGCAACGGGCUUCAGGCCACCAACACUUACCCUUACACCUCAGCGGACACACAGCCAUGUUUCUAUGACCCCAGCCUAGUCGUAGCCCAAAUCAGCGACUACAGAUUCAUUCCCAAAGGAGAUGAACAGGCAUUGGCUGAUGCCUUGGCAGUUAUUGGGCCAAUCACUGUUGCAGUAGAUGCUGAUCACUCCAGCUUUAUGUUCUAUAGCUCAGGGAUCUAUGAAGAGCCUAACUGCAAUCCAAACAACCUCAGCCAUGCUGUGCUUCUGGUUGGCCAUGGCUCUGAAGGCGGCAGGGAUUACUGGAUCAUCAAAAACAGCUGGGGCACCGGCUGGGGUGAAGGAGGUUACAUGCGCAUGAUUCGAAAUGGCAGCAACACCUGUGGCAUCGCCAGCUAUGCUCUUUACCCCAUCCUAUAAGGGUUUUGUAUAUCUCAUUAAAGAGUGUUGUUUGUGUUUUAA